CGAACCGCCCUCCCCAUCAGGUCACUGCGCUUUCCCGACAAAUUAUGAAGACCGUCUUGCGUCCAACCACAAUAGCCAGGCACUAGUUCUCGUUCAUCGUAAUCCAUUCUCCUGCGUUGAUUGCAUCAUGGGAAACGUCUUCAGCCAGUUUUUCUUCAUCCCCUCGCCGACCGUCACGGAGAAAAAUUGCCCGGAUCAAAAAGGACGGGUCUUUCUCGUGACUGGCGGUUACGCCGGCGUGGGGAUUGAGUUGUGCAAGAUACUCUACGCCCACAAUGCCAUCGUUUACGUCGCAGGCCGCUCUUCCUCUAAAGCAGAGAAAGCUAUCACCCAAAUAAAAGAGGCGUCUCCUGAGAGCAGCGGCCGGGCCGAGUUUCUGAAUCUUGACCUGUCCGAUCUCUCGACUAUCAAACCCGCGGUCCAGUCCCUGACUGCUCAAGAACAGCGCCUUGAUGUACUUGUGAACAAUGCAGGCGUUAUGUAUCCUCCCGAGGGCAGCACUAGUGCCCAGGGACACGACCUACAGAUAGCAACCAACUGCCUGGGUCCGUACCUGCUGUACCAGCUUCUCCUGCCUCUUCUCACCAAGACCGCCGCCUCGUCCACAACCGGGUCUGUGCGCGUCGCCUGGGCUGCUUCUAUUGCCGUUCAAGUCGCCAGCCCGAAGCCUCAUGGAAUCGUCAUCGACGAGAGCGGCUGUCCCACGGACCAAGGGGUAUCGGACAAUUACGGCCAGUCAAAAGUGGGAAACGUGUUUUUGGCGAGACACUUCGCCAAGACGACGCCGGAAAACGGCGUCGUUCAUGCGGCUUUCAACCCGGGCAACCUGCGCACGGAGUUACAGCGGCACUGGACCGGUGUGAGUGCCUGGAUCACCGACAAACUCAUCGUGGGCCCGCCAAUAAAUGGAGCAUAUACGGAGCUGUGGACAAUCCUCACGCCCGAGUUAACACCCCCUCUCAGCGGAGCUUAUGUGUACCCUUGGGGGAGGUUUGGCAGUCUGCCAGAAGGAAUCGAAAAUUCUAUGAAUUCAGAAGGCGAAGGUGGAACGGGUGUCGCAGCCAAAUUUGUGCAGUGGUGUCAUCGGCAGACAGAAGCCUUCGCAUAGCCCAAGUACUGCUCUGCGAGUCUGCCCUCUCUAGCAAUAGGCUAUGGGCCUAAAAGCAGGUUGUCCUUUUCGCGGCAAAAACUUGAAAGUAUGGUAGGCUUAGAAGUAGUAUUUUUCUAAAAGAUGUUGGAUACCUUUCA